UCUCUGCAACCAAAUCUUAACUAAACUACACUCAACUUCUCCCAAAAUACCAAUCCACCAUCACUUUAUUUAAUUCACAUUUACUUCAAAUUUCAAACUCUGCCACCUUUGCUUCUUUCUUUUUGUUUUUGCUCCUCAAAAGAAUCAAAUCCAACAAAAUUAAAAGUUUCCAUUCAAAUUAAAAAAACCCAAAUCUUUUUUAUUUAAAAACUCAGUCACACAUACAAAUACUACAAACCCAUUGUUCAGAUAAUCAUGUUAAACAGAGUCAAAAUGACAAAUAAUAUGUUCUUGAUUUUGCUAAUGUUCUUGUUUUCUUCAUUGGUUUGUUCUGUAAUGGCCACUGUUUCUUAUGAUCAUAGAGCUAUUAUAAUUAAUGGGCAAAAAAGAAUUCUUAUUUCUGGCUCCAUUCACUAUCCAAGAAGUACCCCUGAGAUGUGGCCUGAUCUUAUACAAAAGGCUAAAGAUGGUGGCUUGGAUGUUAUACAAACUUAUGUGUUUUGGAAUGGCCAUGAACCUUCUCCUGGAAAUUAUUAUUUUGAAGAUAGAUAUGAUCUGGUCAAGUUUGUCAAGACAGUACAAGCAGCUGGACUUUAUGUUCAUCUCAGAAUUGGACCCUAUGUUUGCGCUGAGUGGAACUUUGGGGGAUUUCCUGUAUGGCUAAAAUAUGUUCCUGGUAUUGAAUUUAGAACAGACAACGGUCCAUUCAAGGCGGCAAUGCAAAAGUUCACAGAAAAAAUUGUCAGCAUGAUGAAGUCAGAAAAGUUGUUUGAACCUCAAGGAGGUCCAAUAAUUCUUUCUCAGAUUGAAAAUGAAUUUGGACCAGUUGAGUGGGAGAUUGGUGCACCAGGUAAAGCUUAUACAAAAUGGGCUGCUGACAUGGCAAUAAAACUUGGCACUGGGGUCCCAUGGGUCAUGUGCAAGCAAGAGGAUGCUCCUGAUCCUAUUAUCGACACGUGUAACGGAUUCUACUGUGAGAACUUUAAACCGAAUAAGGAUUACAAACCGAAAAUGUUUACGGAAAAUUGGACUGGCUGGUACACGGAAUUUGGUGGUUCGGUUCCUAAUAGGCCUGUCGAAGAUUUGGCAUUUUCGGUUGCACGGUUUAUACAGAAUGGAGGUUCAUUCAUGAACUAUUAUAUGUAUCAUGGAGGAACUAAUUUUGGCCGAACCUCUGCCGGUCUUUUUAUUGCUACUAGCUACGAUUAUGAUGCUCCACUUGAUGAAUAUGGAUUGACUAGGGAUCCAAAGUGGGGACAUUUGAGAGAUUUACAUAAAGCCAUCAAGCUAUGUGAACCUGCUUUAGUCUCUGUAGACCCUACUGUAAAAUCACUUGGUAGUAAUCAAGAGGCUCAUGUAUUCCAGUCAAAGUCGUCAUGUGCAGCAUUUUUGGCAAACUAUGAUACAAAGUACUCAGUGAAAGUCACGUUUGGAAAUCGACAAUACGAUUUACCACCUUGGUCUGUCAGCAUUCUCCCUGAUUGCAAGACUGCGGUUUUUAACACUGCAAGGCUCGGGGCGCAAAGCACACAGAUGAAGAUGACACCUGUCGGUGGUGCCCUUUCGUGGCAAUCAUUUAUUGAAGAAGCAGCAAGUGGUUAUACUGAUGAUACGACUACGCUGGAAGGCUUGCAGGAGCAAAUAAAUGUCACGAGAGAUGCUUCGGAUUAUUUAUGGUAUAUGACAAAUGUGAAUAUAGAUUCUGAUGAAGGAUUUUUGAAGAACGGAGAGAAUCCUCUUCUCACCGUCUUUUCAGCUGGCCAUUCAUUGCACGUUUUCAUCAAUGGCCAACUAGCAGGAAAUGUUUAUGGAUCGUUGGAGAAUCCGAAGAUAACAUUUAGCCAGAAUGUGAAGUUGACCGCCGGUACUAACAAGAUUUCUUUGUUAAGUGUUGCUGUUGGGCUUCCGAACGUCGGCGUGCACUUUGAAAAAUGGAAUACUGGAGUUUUAGGUCCGGUCACAUUGAAGGGUUUGAACGAGGGUACAAGAGACCUCUCGAGUUGGAAAUGGUCAUACAAGAUUGGUCUGAAAGGUGAAGCUUUAAGCCUUCAUACCGUCACAGGGAGUUCAUCCGUCGAAUGGGUGGAAGGAUCACUAGUAGCUAAAAAACAACCACUGACAUGGUAUAAGGCAACAUUUGAUUCACCAGAAGGGAAUGAGCCACUAGCCUUAGAUAUGAGUAGCAUGGGAAAAGGCGAAAUAUGGGUAAAUGGUAAAAGUAUUGGACGCCAUUGGCCGGGUUAUAUAGCUCGUGGUGGCUGCAGUGCUUGUAACUAUGCCGGAACUUACGAUGAUAAGAAAUGCCGAAGUAAUUGUGGAGAACCCUCUCAAAGAUGGUACCAUGUUCCGCGCUCAUGGCUGAAUCCGGGCGGGAAUUUGUUAGUUGUUUUUGAAGAAUGGGGUGGGGAAACAAGCGGAAUAUCUUUGGUUAAAAGAAGUACAGCAAGUGUUUGUGCUGAUAUAUAUGAGGGACAACCAGAACUGAAGAACUGGCAGAUGGUAGCCUUAGGCAAACUUGAUCAUCUCCAACCUAAAGCUCAUUUGUGGUGUCCUACUGGUCAGAAAAUAUCGAAAAUCAAGUUUGCUAGCUACGGAAUGCCUCAAGGAACAUGCGGUAGUUUCCGAGAGAGCAAUUGUCAUGCCCACAAGUCAUAUGAUGCUUUUGACAAGAAAUGUGUCGGAAAGCAGUCUUGCUCGGUAACUGUGGCGGCUGAAGUUUUCGGAGGAGAUCCUUGUCCUGAUGCCUCAAAAAAGCUUUCAGUUGAGGCUGUUUGCAACUGAAGUUUGAUCGGGAAACAAUCAUACGUUACCAAAUAAAUGAAAUCUCAGAUUGCUUCAUCUUUAGUACAUAAAAGAUUUAUUACAGCAUUUGUAAGGUUGCAAGAUCUUACCACAAUACAGUUUCAGAACAGUUUUGGCGAAGCCGAAACGUAGGUCAUUCGUCAUCGUGUACAUAGAGAAGCCAUUAAUUUGUGAAAUACAGCUUCAUACAUCAAAGUUUAGGCAUAUUUUUUAAUCUGCUACAAAAUUAUAGUCCUAAUUAGCUGCUGAUAUUCUGAUACAUGUAAUGUAAGUAAGCUUUUAGCUUACUGAAGUUGUACUUCUACUGUAUAAGUGAAAUUAUAUUUCUAUUUUGAGAAUAUAAAUUUUUAAGAGAAUAAUGCAGCAUUUAGAUUGUUGUCAA